CCCGAAUGGCGUCGUCGUCGUCCUCCUCGCCAAGCGAGCCGCGGUCUUUCUCCUCGCAGCCGCCGUUGCUGUUCCCGGCGCGGCCUGCAGGCGGCAGAACCGAAGCCGGCCCGGCUCUCCUCAGCGGAGUUCCCGGGGGCAGCCGCCGCCUCAGACCAGCGCGGAGGAAGCCCCGCUGACGACGAGAACGCAGCAGCAGCAGCAGCAGCAGCAGCAGCCCCGCCGGCGGGAGGAGAUGCGAUGACAACGUCCGCCCUGCAGAAAGCCAUUGAUUUGGUCACAAAAGCCACUGAGGAGGAUAAAGCAAAGAACUAUGAAGAGGCCCUGCGGCUCUACCAGCAUGCGGUGGAGUACUUCUUGCAUGCCAUCAAGUAUGAUGCUCACAGUGACAAGGCCAAGGAAAGCAUCCGGGCAAAGUGCGCACAAUAUCUGGACCGGGCGGAGAAGCUGAAGGACUAUUUGCGGAACAAGGAGAAGCAGAGCAAGAAGCCUGUCAAAGAAGCCCAGAAUGACAGCAAAGGGAGCGACAGCGACAGCGAGGGCGACAAUCCUGAGAAGAAGAAGCUGCAAGAACAGCUGAUGGGUGCCAUCGUGAUGGAGAAGCCCAACGUGCGAUGGAAUGACGUGGCUGGGCUGGAGGGGGCCAAGGAGGCCCUCAAGGAAGCAGUCAUCCUGCCCAUCAAAUUCCCUCACUUAUUCACAGGUAAGCGCACUCCGUGGCGAGGGAUCCUCCUCUUUGGUCCUCCUGGCACUGGGAAAUCUUACCUGGCCAAGGCUGUAGCCACCGAGGCAAGCAACUCCACCUUCUUCUCCAUCUCCUCUUCAGACUUGAUGUCCAAGUGGCUAGGAGAGAGCGAAAAGCUGGUGAAGAACCUCUUUGAGCUGGCCAGGCAGCAUAAGCCUUCCAUCAUCUUCAUUGACGAGGUGGACUCCUUGUGCGGCUCCCGCAAUGAGAAUGAAAGCGAGGCGGCCCGCAGGAUCAAGACAGAGUUCCUGGUGCAGAUGCAGGGUGUUGGGAAUAACAACGACGGCACGUUGGUCUUGGGUGCCACAAACAUUCCCUGGGUGCUGGAUGCUGCCAUUCGGCGGAGGUUUGAGAAACGGAUUUACAUCCCGCUUCCUGAGGAGCCAGCCAGGGCCCAGAUGUUUAAGCUGCACCUUGGCAACACGCCGCACAGCCUGAUGGAAGCCAACAUCCAUGAGUUGGCCCAGAAAACAGACGGCUAUUCAGGGGCCGACAUCAGCAUCAUUGUGCGCGACGCUCUCAUGCAGCCUGUCCGCAAAGUGCAGUCGGCCACACACUUCAAGAAGGUCCGUGGACCAUCCCGCACCAGUCCUGGCAUGGUGGUAGAUGAUCUGCUGACCCCUUGUUCCCCGGGAGAUCCUGGUGCUAUUGAAAUGACGUGGAUGGAGGUACCUGGGGACAAGCUUCUGGAGCCUGUUGUCUGCAUGUCGGACAUGCUGCGCUCGCUGGCCACCACCCGCCCCACUGUGAAUGCAGAGGAUCUCCUGAAGGUGAAGAAGUUCACGGAAGACUUUGGCCAAGAGGGUUAAUGUUGUGCCCUGGGGGAACAGCGGUGAUGGGCAUUUUACCACAGAAGCGUGUGUACGCCCUUUGUGCUGAGAGUGGAUUGUGCCAAGCAGAGAUUAGCAUCCAGCUUUGCCCUGCCUCUGUCUGCGCGUGGGGCACCUGUUUGGCCGGGGAAGGGAGAGGAAGAGGUGACAUGACCUCCGUUGCUACUGUGGGAGAUGGACGCAAAGGGGACAAGGCUGAGCCCAGCCCGCUGGCCUUUCCCAGCAAGACAUCCCUCCCUUCGUGGCUGCUCUUUUGUUUUUUUUCUUUGGCUUGGCUUGUUUAUAUACAAAUAAAAGCAAUCCGAAACCACCACCAUCCUGCCCCCCUUUUUCCCGAGAUGCCAUCCAGCUCAUGUGGUGACAACACCUGGUGCCACCCCAAAGAGAACUGAACUGGCUUUGCUGAAGCUGAAAUCCUGCACUUCCAGGCUUGAGCUGGACUUUGAAGAAAGUGGCCUUCCUCUUGCGCCAUGGAACUGGCAAGGAGCUAUUCCAGGGAGAAGCUCUCUCUGGCCUCCGUGCAGCCUGGCCAAGCGCUGGCCUGCGGCGUGGCCUAAGGUGCGGCCUCUGAAAACAUGCCCGGCCCCCCAGGAUAUGCCCUGCUGCAAAACUCAGUGCUCUUCAGCCCUGUAACGUGCCUGUAUAGCACAGAAAAAGCAGAAAGGUCGCCCAUCAGGAGAGGGCUGCAGCUGUGCUCUUAGCUGCUCCAAGCCCCACGGCCUCUUCCAGGCACUGUGGCUCCAUCCUGGUGGUCCUUAGAAGGGAUGAUGUCUGUCCUCUGCCAGCUGCAGCAGAAGACGUGGAGUGGCUGGGCAGCUGUUGAUCCAUGGAUGUGGGGGGUCCUGCAAAGGAGAUGGACAAGUGUCCCCUCUUUGGAGCUGUGGAAAAUCUGCCCACCCUCCCCCUGGUGUGUCUCGGCUGCAAGCGGGUGCUAUAACCUGUUUAAAUCCAUGCCAUGGAGAGGCAAGGAAGGACUCACCAUUUAGACCUCACUAGGGGGGGUGGUCUUCACGGCACAGAGGGAGAGGGCUGGGCAAGGCUUUCCUGUAGGCACCUAUUUACAGCCAGGGUUUUAGCUUCCCUGGGGGUAACUGCUGAUUCUUAGUUGCGCAACAAAUCCGCCUCUCUCCCUGCCACUAAAGCUCCUGUCCCACACUUGAGUUUUCUUUUGCCUUAGUACUACUGAGGAAGGCCUGGGAGUGUGUGUGUGGGGGGGUGCUGUUUUAAUCCUCUGGAAACUUGGUGAGUAGCAGGGAGAAUCUCUUCACUGUCAAGGGGUUGAACAGUCUGUUUGCUGCCUGACCCCUUUGCUUGUCACAUGUACAUAAUUUUGGGUUGAUUCUAGUGUGGGGAGAGGGGACAGUUUAUGGAAGAAUAAAGUCUUGAAAAUGA